UUGCGAACUGAAAAGUGAGAAGUACGAAGUCGAAACUUGAGCGAAACUUACCAAAAAGUUAUUUUCAAGUGUUUAAUAAAAGUUAUUUUAAAAUGAAUUAAAAAUAAAAUACUGAAGCUGUUCUAAAAUAGCCUUACUUUACAGUUAUCAGGCAGGAUUUAAACAUAAAUUAUGUUGCGAGUACCGGUUCGGAGUUGUGUUAUGAAAAAAGAGCCCCAAAAAUGCUUCAUGUCCACAAGUGCUGAGAUACGUAAAACAUUUAUUGAAUUUUUUACUCAAAAACAAGGGCAUAAGUAUGUGAAAUCUAGUUCGGUUGUGCCAUUAUGUGACCCUACUGUUCCUUUUGUGAACGCUGGUAUGAAUCAGUUUAAAGGUGUGUUCCUUGGAAUCAUAGAACCUCCUUGUGCUAGGGCUGUUAAUUCCCAGAAGUGUGUGCGAGUAGGAGGAAAACAUAAUGAUCUGGAUUUGGUUGGUGUAGAUGGUCAUCAUCAUACAUUUUUUGAAAUGCUUGGUAACUGGUCAUUUGGAAGCUAUUACAAGAAGGAAGCAUGUGAAAUGGCGUGGGACCUCCUACUUGGUCCAUAUAGGCUGAAAGCAGAAAAUCUUUUAGUGACAUACUUUGCUGGUGAUCCAGUGAUUGGGCUCACUGAAGACAGAGAAUGUAGAGACAUAUGGAAGUCAAUUGGUGUGCCACCAAGUCGCAUAAGGAGUUGUGAUGCGAAGGACAACUUUUGGGAGAUGGGUGACUGUGGCCCUUGUGGGCCCUGCACCGAGAUACAUUAUGUGAACCAGGACGGAUCCCUCACAGAGCUGUGGAAUAUUGUUUUCAUUCAGUGUAAUAGGGACGCUUCAGGUAAAGUGGUAGGGCUUCGCCGACAGCACGUGGACACCGGCAUGGGGCUUGAGCGAAUGUCGGCGCUGCUGCAGGGCGUACCCUCCAAUUACGACACCGACUUGUUCGUUCCAAUCAUCACAGCCAUACAGAAGAACAGUAAAGGCGUAGAUCCAUAUAGAGGAAGCUAUAAAGAUGAUGCGAUAUUGGACCAGGCGUACAGGAGACUGGCUGACCACAGCAGGAUGAUAAGUGUGUGUCUAGCUGAUGGGGUGUUCCCGGCUACCAGCAUCAAUCUCAAACAAAUAAUGCGCCAAUCGUUCAGAAUAUGUUCCGAGGUGUUCCACCAACCAAAUCUCAUGAACAUCCUCUAUGACCAAGUGGCUCGCACUCUUGGAGAGACAUAUCCCGAGUUGGUGGUUAAAGAAAAAGAUGCAAAAUUGAUUCUGGCUCAUGAGAGGGACAGUUAUGCGAAGCUCAGGUCCAACUUGGCGAAGAAGUGGAAAGAUUUGGUUAAGACUAAUCCGGAGGUUGAAGCUCUUUCCGACAUUGAACUGCCUGGUUUCCCCCUUGGAUACAGGGAACUAAAAGAGGCCAUGAAUAAACAUAAAUCCAACACAAUUCCUGGAGAACUCGUAUUCAAGCUGUAUGACACUCAUGGAUUCCAAGAGGAAACUAUUGAACGCAUCGCAAAACUUAACAAUUAUGAUAUCGACAAGACAACUUUCUGGAAACUCCUGUCGCAACACAAAACCAGACACAAAACAUCCUUUAAGGAGCAAACGACAAAAAAAGGAGUGUUAUUCGAUCAAGCUGUUGAAACUCUGAUUAAAAAUGGCUACAAAUCUACCAAUGGUAGUCCGAAAUACGAUUAUGUAGUCAAUGAUAAUAUUGUUUUCAAACCUUUAAAGACUAAACUGAUAGCCAUAUUGAAUGAGGACACCGAAUGGAUUGAUUAUCUAGACGCAUGUGAAAAUAGACCGUAUUAUUUAGUCACAGAGAGCACAAAUUUCUAUACAGAAGCCGGUGGCCAGGUGGCCGAUACUGGUCUUAUAACCUACAAAGACAUUAAAUUUAAUGUUGAUAGUGUAUUUAAAAUUCGAGACUUUGUCUUCCAUAAGGGUUGUUUCAAACUGUGUAAUGAUAAAAACUAUAUAAAUAAUAAUAGUGAAGUUUUGUUAAGUGUUGAUAGUGAUAGAAGAAUGUCAAUCAUGAGAAAUCAUACUGGUGUACAUUUGUUGAACGCUGCAAUAAGGAAGGUGCUGCCAUCUAGUGUUGUGUACCAAACGGGUUCCAGUGUUAACGAAACGGGGUUCUCGUUGACUCUGGCAGUUUACGGUGAUAAGUUGUCACAUAAGGUUGUGAUUGACGCACAGAAAUUAGUUAGGGAAUCAAUAAAGACCAAUGCGCCGUUGAAAACACGUAUCAUCGAAAGCACCCAUCUAUCAUCAGACCCGUCCAUCGUUACUAUACCUGGAGAGACCUACCCGGAGACUGGACUAAGAUUAGUCACGUGCCUGCCGCCACUUGUUUCAAAGGAGCUGUGUUGCGGUAGUCACGUGCCCUCAACCGGUUUGGUAGAAGAAAUAGUAGUGACGCGAGUGCGAGGAGCCGGCACGCAAGCGCCAGUCCUGUAUGCGGCGACCGGCUCGCGCGCGCUGCAGGUGCGCGAAUUAUUCUGUCGUGCGGAGAAGUUGUCUCAGGUGAUAGAGCUGGCGGAUGUGGAGCGAGUCAAACAGGAGGUGGGGCAGAUCAAGCGGCACUUGGCUGAGCUGUGUGGGGAGGGGGGAGCGCCCUGGGGGGAGUACGCAAACUGCCUCACACUGCUCGACACGCUGCAGAAGAAAGCUGCGACUAGAAGUGAAGCUGCUUUGGACGGUAUAGCGGAGGCGGAAAUAAGGGAGGCGGUGGCGGAAAGCGAGCGACUGGGGCGGCGGUUUGUGGUGCACUUCCUGCGGUGUUCGUACCUGAUGCCGCACGAGGUGGCCGCGCGUGCCUUGUCAGCCGGCGCGAGAUCCACGCAGCAGCCUGCGCUGUUCGUGGGCUGCGCGGGCGGAGUCAUCGUCGCCGUGGCCACGGUGCCCCGGGAGUGCGUGUCACAGUAUUUCACGGCGGGUGCGUGGCUGCGCUGUAUCCUGCCCAUCUUCAGCGCUGAGCUGGUCUCCGGGGACCAGCUUCUCACGCACGCACAGAUGUCCGCCACCAAGGUGAGCCUGAUCAACUGCGAGCAGCUGGUGCAGGACGCGAUGAGGGUCGCGGUCAAGUUCGCGCAGGCGCACGGCCGACACACGCUUGACGACGAGCCUCCUCGAGAGACACAGGCCAACACGUAACGACCCAGACAUACAGAACAUCAUUCUUUCAAACAGGAAUAAUUUAAGUCAUCUGUGGCAUAAUGUUUUUGAAAUAUUUUUUGUUCUAAAAUAUUAUAUAGAUUCCAUUUCUUCCUUUGUCCCUGCCAAUGAUUGCACUAUCAUUAGGAAUCGCUUUCGCCUCUUGGUGAACAAUAAUUUAUAUUUUUAAUGAAAAUAAGGGACUAGACGAGCUGAUGUUAAUUUAUACGCCCUGCACAUUACAAUGCAGUGCCGCUCAGGAUACUUGAAAAACCCAAAAAUUCUGAGCGGCACUACAAUUGCGCUGUUAAAUCUCAUUUGCCCAGAAAUUUCACUACCUACGGCGAUGGCGACUAGCCCUUCAGACCGAAACACAAUAAUGUUUACACAUUACUGCUUCACGGCAUAGAGCCGUGGCAUAAAGUUAUGGUCAACGGAGCCUUGCGUGAGUGCGAUGCGGGCUACAUUAUGACUACCAUAUAUGCCCAAUAAUACCUACAUUCUAUACAAAUGAUUUAUGUCUUCUUUAGUGUUAAUUCCGCCAAUAUUUGUUUUUAAAACAAUUCGACACGUGUUUCGCCUCUACACGAGGCAUCCUCAGGACGUGUUGUCGCCAAAAUCUGGCACGAGACUAAACUAACUAGGUAACGCCUAAGUCAAUAUUUUUUUUACCCACAAUUUAGCUCGCAUCCUGUGCAAAGGAGCCUCCCACUGUUAAAUUAAUAAGGAUUCCAAUUCGCUUUCGGGGGCCAGUUAUAGAAACUUAUCGUUAUACAAAAAGACAAGUUGAAUCGAUUUAACCAAGUAAGUAGGCAUAACAAGUUUAUAUUUGUUUCUAUUAUAGAUCAUAAUAUGAUUAUCAUACUUUCUAGAAAAUUAAAUUUUGUGUGCAUGUAGUUGUCAUACAAAUGUAAAUUUAAAUUACUGAAUCUAAUAUAUGUUCGUAAAAAGUUGAGCUCGUGUGAAGAACAUACAAGAAACUUAACGGCGACUCUUUUCAAUCAAUACAGUAUUUUACAAUGGUGUAAUAUACAAAACAAAUUAGUUUGUAAAGUGCUGCAUCCAAUAUAUGAAUUGUGUUAAAAGCGUUUUAAAAAUCAAAUAUUUUGUAAAAAAAGCAAUAAAGAAUAUACUGUAUAAAUCUCUUAUAUAUAAAAUUCUCGUGUACCGUUUGUUACCAAACUCCUACGAAACGGCUGGAGCGAUUAGUAUGAAAUUUUGUGUGGAUAUCGGGUAGGUCAGAGAAUCGGCCAACAUCUAUUAUUUCAACCCCAAAAAACAAAUUUCCAACUUUUUGUUAUUCUAUCUAUAUGACAAUACAACGUUUGCCGGGUCAGCUAGUAUAUUGUUUCGGCCUUACAAAUAAAAUUGACAUAAAGCUAAUCAUAAACCAAAAAAAGAAGAAUAUGUAAAAUGUUUACAAAUAGACAUUUCGCUUACGAAUGGUUUGUUCGGACGUAUAACGUUUCCCGCGUUUAUUUGCAAGGCAGAUUGUCAUUCGGAAAACUUCGUGUCGUCAAAGAUAUUGUAAACAUUUUGCAUUUUCUUUGUCUAUCAUUAGUUAUAACUUUAUACCGAGUGUAUUUGUAAGGCCGUAUAAAUAUAGUGUAAGGUAUAACUGCUAAAGUUGUCCCCUAAGAGAAUUAACACAUAACACAGUUUGUUACAUUUAUAUUGCCUUCUUAUUUAGAUUUCUAUGGUACAUAAAUGUUAUUAUCAGUAAUAUAGGAAAGCAGGAAGAAUAAACAUAUUCUGAUAUCCAAUUGGUUUUUAUUAAUAACAAUUUAAUGAAUAUUAUGUACGUUGUGUUACGUAUAUAUUAGUUAUUACCUAAUUUUGUUAAACUUAAGUUUGAUGGAAACUAAUUAGUUUUAAUUUAGUUUAAUAUUUUUGACUACCUCCGAAAAUUAUAGUUUAAAUUAU